AUGUCGUACUCCAGCGAGCCCUGCGGCGUGAGCUGCCCGCAGCCCGUGGCCCAGAGCACCAACGAGCCGUGUGUGCAGCAGUGCCCCGAGUCCCGAGCGCUGAUCCUGCCCCCGCCCGUGGUGGUGACCAUCCCGGGGCCCGUGCUCAGCACCUGCCCCCAGGAGAGCGUCGUGGGAUCGUCGGGGCCAGCGUGGCUGGGGCGUUCCUUCAGUUCCCGCAGCUCCCAGGGCUACGGGGGCAACUUUGGCCUGGGGGGUUCAGGGGGCUCCUUGGCCUUGGAGGGCUCCUCUGGCUCUGGGGGCUCCUUUGGGUCUGGAGGUUAUGGGGACUCCCAGGGCUAUGGGGGCUCCUUUGGGUCUGGAGGUUAUGGGGGCUCCCAGGGCUAUGGGGGCUCCUUUGGGUCUGGAGUGUUUGCACCAGACUCCCACAUUUCCCACAGCUUUCAUGAAGAGCAAUUUGGGACAGAAACGAGGUAA